AUGAGUACAAAAGAGAAACGGUCGAAAAAAAUUGGAUUUGUUGAGUCUGAAGAUGGAACCAAGGAAGAUACAAGGAAAAGUAAUGAUAAAACUUAUAGAAAGUCAACGUAUCCUCGUGAAAGUAUGGCAGCCAUUGCGCGAAAAUCGUCCGUACUUAUACUCUCCAGGUUGAUGGGUCCUCCGAUGACUUCCUCCCGUGGAAAUAGAAGUCUCUACGAUCGCACCAGCAUGUAUGUUGCACCACGUUUUCAAAAUUCCUACCGUUUGGACUCGAAACGACCAUUCCAUCGUGAAGCGAUGCAUACGAUGAUGGGUCACUUCCUAAAGUCCUACUUAGACGACUACAAGUAUGUGGGGAAGCGAGCGAAACGUUUGGCGGAGAAUUUAAGCGAAGAAUUGAAGAAUCAGUUUAAGCUUUGCCAGUUCGAUCGUUACCGCUUUGUGGCUCUCGUGACUGUGGGGGACAAGUUGGCCCAGGACUUCCGUUGCGUUUCCCGCUCGCUGUGGGACCCGGAGAAGGACAAUAGCCUCAGUGUCACUUACGAGGCACCGACGUUUUUCGUGGUAGCAAGCGUUUGGGCGAUUUACUUCGAGUAG